AUGAAGUGUUUCUAUUCCAGUUCUGUCUCUGAAGAUCUGGGUUGCAGACGUGGAGAGUUUAGCAGAAAGCAUUACGGAUCUGUGGAGCUUCUUAUAUCUAGCGAUGCUGAUGGAGCUAUUCAAAGAGCUGGACGGUUCCGUGUGGAAAAUGGCUCCUCUGGUGAGAACACAGACUACACUCCUGGCACAUGGCACAGAACGGACGUGCAUUUGGAAAACCCAGAGUAUCAUACAAGAUGGUAUUUCAAAUAUUUUUUAGGGAAAGUUCAUCAAAAUUACAUAGGUACAGAUGCAGAGAAGAACCCUUUCUUUCUGUCUGUUGUACUGUCUGACCAAAAUAAUCAGCGUGUUCCUCAAUACCAUGCAAUACUUUGGAGAAAAACUGGUACUCAGAAAAUAUGUCUCCCUUAUAGCCCCACAAAAACAUUAUCAGUGAAAUCUAUAUUAAGUGCUAUGAGUCUUGACAAAUUUGAGAAGAGCCCAAGGGAAAUCUUUCAUCCUGAGAUACAAAAGGAUUUACUGGUUCUUGAAGAGCAAGAGGGAUCUGUAAAUUUUAAAUUUGGAAUCCUUUAUGCUAAGGAUGGGCAGCUCACAGAUGAUGAAAUGUUCAGCAAUGAAAUGGGAAGUGAAAGCUUUCAAAGAUUUUUGCAUCUCUUGGGUGACAUAGUUACUUUGAAAGGCUGGACAGGGUACAGAGGAGGACUGGAUACUAAAAAUGAUACAACAGGAAUCUUUUCCAUCUAUACAGUUUUUCAAGGGCAUGAAAUCAUGUUCCAUGUUUCAACCAUGCUACCUUAUUCUAGAGAGAACAAGCAGCAGGUAGAAAGGAAGCGACACAUUGGGAAUGACAUUGUCACUAUCGUGUUUCAGGAAGGCGAAGAGUCUUCUCCAGCAUUCAAGCCAUCCAUGAUUCGCUCCCAUUUUACACAUAUUUUUGCCUUAGUGAGAUACAAUAAGCAGAAUGAUAGUUACAGGCUGAAAAUAUUUUCAGAAGAAAGUGUUCCUCUCUUUGGGCCUCCCCUUCCAUCCCCACCUGUGUUUACAAAUCACCAGGAAUUCAGGGAUUUUUUGUUAGUGAAAUUAAUAAAUGGGGAAAAAGCCACCUUGGAAACCCCAACAUUUUCUCAGAAACGUCAGCGCACCCUGGACAUGCUGAUCCGCUCUUUAUACCAAGACCUGAUGCCUGAUCUACACAAGAACAUGCUCAACAGAAGAUCCUUCAGUGAUGUCUUACCAGAGUCACCCAAAUCAACACGGAAGAAAGAGGAAGCCCGGCAAGCAGAGUUUGUCCGACUUGGUCAGGCAUUGAAAUUGAAAACCAGUGUGAAAGGGGAUGCCACAGCUAACCUGGCAACCACAAGCUUUUGUAAAAAGGAGCCUUGGGAAUCUCAAUCUUUCUGCAGUAAUUUUCCUCAUGAGGUUGUCUGUGCAGAUUCUUGGGGCCAGUCCUUGCUGGUUUCUACAGAUGCUGGCAUCUUGUUAAUAGAUGAUGGUCAACCAUCAGUGCAAGUAUUUGAUAAAACUCUCCAAGUAAAGCAAAUGCAUGUGCUGGAAACUCUGGAUCUUUUGAUUGCUCGAACAGACAAAGGCAAAGACUCUCGUCUCCUUGUCUUCAGACUCAGUGCUGUCCAAAAGGAUAUAGAAACAAAGCAAAUCAUAAGAAGCAAAUAUGACUGCAGAGAAAAUAAACUGGAGAGAACAAAAGGCUGCCAUUUGUAUGCCAUUAAUACUCACCAUGGCAGUGAACUGAGGAUUGUCGUGGCUAUUCGGAACAAACUACUUCUUGUCACAAAGAAAUACAAUCCAUGCAACAGUUUAACCAGCAGCUCUCUGCUGUCCUCAUCUGAAUCUCCAGUAGAGGAGUUCCAGUACAUCCGGGAAAUAUGCCUUUCUGACCCUCCAGUGGUUAUGACGCUGGUGGAUGGGCCUACUGGAGACAGUGACAACAUGAUCUGUGUAGCGUAUCGGCAUCAGUUUGAUUUAGUUAAUGAGAGCACUGGGGAGUCCUACAGACUGCAUCACGUUGAAACAAACAGGGUUAAUUUUGUUGCAGCUAUUGAUGUAUAUGAAGAUGGUGAAGCUGGUCUACUGUUGUGUUACAAUUAUGUUUGCCAGUACAGAAAGGUACAUCCUUUCAACGGAGGUUCUCCACUAAUCCAGCCAUCAGCUUAUGACUUCCACUUCAGCUGGAAUCAAGUUCCUUAUGCUGUUGUCUGUGCUUUCCCUUACAUCCUUGCCUUCACUACUGAUUCCAUUGAGAUCCGAUUAGUGGUGAAUGGGAACUUAGUCCACACAGCAGUUGUGCCUGAGCUUCAACUUGUAGCAUCAAAGUCAGAUAUUUAUUUUAAAGCUACUGCUGCAGUAAGUGGAUCAUCUGACAGCAGCUCUAAGGAAAUGAGUUCAAGGAGUUCUCCUCAAACACCGACAGCUUACGAAAUGCCAGAAAGUCCUCUUUCUUCUCUGGAAGGUGAAGUUCCAUGCAAAAACUUAUACAAAAUUCCUCUUAGUAACCUGGUUGGGCGAAGCAUUGAACGACCUCUGAAGUCACCGUUGGCUCCCAAAGUUAUCACUACAUCAACCUCCAGCAGCGCUCCCUCUCUGCCCGUUACUCACUCACUAUCCUUAUCUCGUAUGGAAAUUAAAGAAAUUGCAAGCAGAACACGUAAAGAAUUGCUGGGCCUCCUGGAUGAGCCUAUACCCAAGACAGAAACUGCACCGAAGCAAAAGAAGGCUCCUCGAAGACAGUCAGACCCCAAGCAGGGAGCAGUAAGAUCAACCAGUAGUGACAGGAUAAUCUCAAGCUCUUUUGAAAGCUGUUCUGAAGGACGUCACCUUUCCACUAGUUCAGAUCCGGAUACUUCAGCCAACAGGGAGGAGAGCUCACCAUCUAGCUGUUCUUUUCAGCCCAUUUCUUUAUAUGAUGAAGACAUCAUUGACUUGAAGUGAAGACAGUCUUAAACCUUUCCUCCUUACUUUACAUUUUCUUACAACUCUGUGAGCUCUGUGGGAAUGUCACAAACACUGCUUCUAGUGGUAAAAUGUGGCUGGAAGUGUUGGUGAUUAAUCUUUUUAAAACCCCUGUUGUUCUGGAUAGUUCAGCCUGAUUUGGUGAUGCUUUUAUCUCUGACAUAGGUAUGUUUUGUUUUCUCAGUUAAUGAACCGUUACUUUUUGUGGAAUUCUAACAGUAGGUUAUCAAUGAGAGAUUUAGGCUGAAAAUGAAGUAAAUAAAAAGUAUUACUUGUUCUGAGCUUCUUGUAAUUUGAAGUACCUGA